AUUUUCGGGUCUUAGCAGUUCUACAGUGAUCGACGUGUAAACAACAGUUUGUCUUUUAGAGUCUUGAACAGUUCGGUUUUGCCCACGCAAAGGGAAUCGGGAAUCGAGACGCCGAUUUAGGAUACUCCCGAAUUCUGAAGGCCUCGCUGCGGCAACACCCUGAAUGACUGAGAGUUCGAUUGCCCUUCAAUUCUUCGAUUCCCGAGCUCUGCCUUCGCCUAAUUGAUUCCACUUAUCCAUUAUCUCAUCCCCACGAAACCAGGCAUCGGGUCAGCAAUGGCCUCCAAGGCAGAGAACCCUCCGGGACCGGGAUCGGGACCCGGGCCCGGAGACGGGCUCACCCUCCCGACAACAAAUGAUCCCCACCAGCACCGCCCCGGUGGUGCAUCGCGAGUCAAAGCCGGCCUCCGUAUCCGCGACUGGGUACGCUCGCCCCGCUCCGGGGAUGCCCGCCACCCCCGGCAUGGCACAACCCAACCUGCUGGUUCCAACUCCGGGUUCGGCUCCGGAUCCGGGCCGGGGCCGGGCCCAGAACACUGCCGGGUAGCACCGACCCACGAACCCUGGUGGAAGAUUCACCUCUUCCGGGGCAUGGUGAACGACAUCCGGAAGCGAGCCCCGUUCUACCUCAGCGAUUGGACCGACGCCUGGAACUACCGCGUCGUGCCCGCCACGGUCUACAUGUUCUUCGCGAACAUCCUGCCUGCCCUGGCCUUCUCCCUCGACAUGUUCCACAAGACCGACAUGCAGUACGGCGUCAACGAGGUGCUGCUCUCGUCGGUGGUCGGCGCCGUCGUGUUUGCUGUGCUGGCCUGUCAGCCCCUGGUCAUUGUGGGUGUGACGGGUCCGAUUACCGUGUUUAAUUAUACCGUGUACGACAUAAUGAUGCCUACUGGGACCAACUACUUGGCCUUUAUGUGCUGGAUUGGCUUAUGGUCUCUUGUUUUCCACUGGAUCCUAGCCGUUACCAACUCGUGCAACUGGCUGCGCUACGUGACUCGGUUUCCCUGUGACAUCUUUGGCUUCUACGUCGCCUUUAUCUACCUGCAGAAGGGCAUCCAGAUUCUCGAGACGCUUGGCGACGGGGAGCCCUUCUACCUGUCUGUGGUCGUGGCUUUGCUUGUCUUCGCCAUCGCCUACAUAUGCGGCGAACUCGGCCGGAGCAGCCUGUUUAGGCACCCAAUCCGCGUGUUCCUCAAGGACUACGGCACGCCCUUGACCGUUAUCUUUUUCACUGGCUUCGUCCACAUGGGCAAGAUGAGGCAGAUUUCUCUCGAGACUCUGCCCACGGGCAUCGCCUUCAUGCCGACCAUGUCAGAGAGGGGCUGGUUCAUCCACUUCUGGGAUAUUCCCAUUGGCGAUAUCUUCAUCGCCAUUCCUUUUGCCCUGUUAUUGACCGUACUGUUCUGGUUCGACCAUAAUGUAUCCUCCCUGAUCGCCCAGGGCACCGAGUUCCCGCUCAAGAAGCCCGCCGGCUUUCACUGGGACCUCUUCCUCCUCGGCCUAACCACCGGCAUCGCCGGCCUUUUAGGUCUUCCCUUCCCCAACGGCCUGAUCCCGCAAGCUCCGUUCCACACCGAAUCCCUCUGUGUCACCGAAGUGGUCUCGUCCGACUGGGACGACUCAGACGGCGGCGGCGGCGGUAAGAAGGGAUUCGCCUUCCGCGCCGCCUACGUGGUUGAGCAGCGCGUGUCGAACCUCGCGCAGGGCCUGCUGACGCUCGUCGCCAUGACGGGCCCCUUGCUAUCCGUCCUGCACCUCAUCCCGCAGGGCGUCCUGGCGGGCCUGUUCUUCAUCAUGGGCUUCCAGGCGCUCGUGGCCAACGGCAUCACGGCCAAGCUGCUGUUCUUGCUGCGGGACGGAGCGCUCACCCCCGCGGGCCAUCCGCUCCGUAGGAUGGGCGUCGUGCGGCGCAGCGCCGUGUGGCUGUUUGUGUCUGUCGAGCUGGUCGGGUUCGGGGCCACGUUCGCCAUCACCCAGACAGUCGCCGCCGUGGGGUUUCCCGUGUUUAUCUUGCUCUUGAUCCCUGUUCGGGCGCUGCUGUUGCCCAAGUGGCUCUCGCCCGAAGAGUUGGCCGUGCUGGACGAGCCGACUGCCGGUCCGUUCACGAUGGAGAGUGUCGGGGGCACCUUUGGCGGUAGCGGCAUGAGUGGAGGGGAUGGUGUAUUUUUGGAUGCGCCUGAGGGGGGAGAGUCGGGUGAGGACGUGGAGGGGUCGAGGAGGAAAAUGGAAGGGUCUGGCGGCGGUGGCGGCGAGGGAGUGUUCGGUGGGCGGGUUGAAGGGCGGAGCGAGUUGGAGCUUGCUGAGCUUGGGGAGAGUCUAUCGGGGCAUGUGAGGAGGAGACUGAGUACGCUACAUCGAGAAGGCACUGCCUAGAAGCCGUCGGGACUGUUCUGUCGUAGAAAAGAGAGCCAUCUGGAGGGCGUCGAGGACGUGCGCAUUGGAGGUUCUCGGUCUUUACUGGUGUCUGAGCGAGGAGUCCAGGCCUCGAGACAUCCUCAUCGUUGGAUGUCAGUCUAUCCCCGUGUCUUCGUCUUCGGGCCGCAGAGAGAGAAUACCAAUUGACAUUGUGAGAUGACCGCCGGUCUCCUCCCUGUCAGUUUCAGGUUCUGGAAGGAAAAGACGAGAAGACGGAUUCCAGAUGACAGCUGUCGAGAAGACGAACACAUCCACCAACAAAUCACUCUCCCCAGCAGGAUCAGUCAAUGUCAAUCUCGGAUUUCAUUAAAGCAAAUCUUCACCAUCUUCAGGCUAGAGCUAUAAACGAGACGAGCUAGGAACAGAUACGUUAGAUAUGGAUUGGCUUCAUUAACGACUUGCGUAUGUCAACG